AUGGGCGUGGAAGACCCCGCAACUGUCGACUCGUCGUCCAAGAAGACGUGCCUGCGGGCCACGCAGGACGCGAUCGCCGGCCACUGGACGGUCCCACCCAAGCACCGCACGGCCGAGCAGGACGCGGCCGAGGUGUGGCUCUUCACCUGCUACCUCGGCCGCGACCGGUAUUUCUCGCUGCCGUGGCUGCGCUUCACGCGGUGGUACCUCUUCUUCGCCAGCUUCCUGGUGCAGUUCUGCAUCGGCUCGCUCUACUCGUGGUCCGUCUUCAACAAGCCCAUCGACCUGCACGUGUACGACGACAACAAGGCCGGCCGGGCCGUCAACUCGUUCUACAUCGCCGUGGGGGUCUUCGGCACGACAACAGCCAUCAUGGGACCAUGGAUCGAGCGUCAUGGCCCGCGCGCCGGCGUCAUGCUCGGCACGUCGUCGUUCCUCAUCGGCAACAUCAUCGUGGCCAUCGGCGUGCACUACAAGGCCAUCGCCGCCAUCUACAUCGGCUACGGCAUCUUCUGCGGCUUCGGCAUGGGGCUCUGCUACAUUUCUCCCGUGUCGGCGCUGCAGAAGUGGUUCCCUGACUACCGCGGGACUGCUGCGGGCUUUGCAGUGGGUGGCUACGGAGCUGGAUCCGUCGUGUGGGCCAAGGUCUACCUGCCCUGCAUUGAUGCAGUGGGGCUCUCGUCCACCUUCCUCUUGAUUGGCUGCGUCAUGGCCUUCGCCAUGUACGUGUGCGCCAUCGUGCUGCGCUCUCCGCACCACGAGUUCGUCGUCAGCGGCUUGAACAUCCACGGCGAAGCAGUCGAAGAGGUCGACGAGCUCAGUCACCGCGGCGAGAAGAUCAGCGUGCUGUCCGCGCACGAGUACGAGUCCAUCACGACGCCGACGGCCCAGGACGUCCAGGACAUUGUGGAGCCCACCACGGCCACGAACACGCUGGUGCGCAAGCUCACGCUCAUCGACGCCAUCAAGACGCCCGACUUUUUGUGCAUGUACAUCAUGUUCUUCGGCAACCAGCUCUACGGCCUCAUCGUGCUGUCCAAGCUCUCCAACAUGUGCGCCGACAUCUUCAACAAGUCGGACGGCCAGGCCUCCGACAUCGUGUCGAUCAACGGCGUGUUCAACUGCUGCGGCCGCUUGAUGUUCCCGCUGCUGUCCGAUAUCAUCGUGCGCAAGUUCAACGUCGAACACGCCUUCGCGCGCAAGUGCCUGUACUUCUACGCGCUGGCGUCGCAGGCCGUGGUCCUCGGCACGAUCCCCAUCCUGAUGCGCAACAACAACUAUUCGGCGUUCGUGGCCGAGGUGUUCAUCCUCACUGCGAGCUAUGGCGGCGGGUUCGGCACAAUCCCGGCGUUCCUGACCGACAUGUUCGGCGCGUUUAACAUUGGGGCCAUGCACGGUUUGAUCCUGACUGCGUGGUCGAUUGGUGGCGUGGUGGGGGGCAUCACGUUCAACCACACGUACGGCAACCAGAUCGCCGACGGCUGGGAGAUCCACGAGGCGUACAUCUACACGGUGCACCGCAUCUUCAUCAUCGUGCUGGUGGGCUUCGUGGUGCUCUUCUUCGUGCGCACGAACGCCGCCGACCGCUUCGAGCCGGGAUACCACCUCAGCAUCUUCGGCAGACGCGUCGUCAGCAUCAAGGGCAAGCAGGAACCCAAGAAGGAGGAACCACUGCUGGAGACGGCGUAG